CGCUCAGCGUUUUCAGUUUCUUACACACUCGGAAGCUGAAAGCUGAGAGGAAAGUUCUCGCUGCGCAGCGUGAGUUUCUGUCUUUUUAGUCAAAUCUGAGCCUCGCAGUUUCCUUUCUUCUGUAUCCGGGGUCUCAGGGUCGCUACAGAUCAUGAAUCUCCGCGCCCGCCCCACCACCCCGCAGCAAAUUCAGGCGUCUCCCCAGGUACUUACCUUUCGGUUUAAAGUCGCUCUGGAGCCGGUUCCUGUCUUCGGUCCGCUUAGACGCUGCCUUUCGCACCCCUUUCCGGCUUACAACCUUUCACUGACCUCACUGACCCCUCUGCCCCUCCUGCACCGCAUAAAAUUCUCUCCCAUGAGGUGGAUUUACUCGCACUACCGGCCCUAGCCUCGCCCUCUCGGCCCCUGAGGUCAGCUCCGGCCACCCCACUCUCGGAGAGGCCGCGUCCUCUCCCCGUCUUGAGACCCCCCACCCUCCCAGCCCCGCUGUCCUCGAGUCUCCUCAGGCCGGUCAUUCUGCCCCGCAGGCGUUCCCUUCAUAGUGACCUCUCCUCUAAACCCGUGUUGGCAGAGGUGACCUGGGUCAGCCAUGUGACACCCAUGGUCUUCGGUUCCAAAUUCCACCCUCUGGAAAACAGGCUCUUGCGGAAGGGGGUGCUUCUUAUUCAGUCGCCAUCCCUGUAAAUAGUGGGCGAGGGGGGUUCAGGAGAAGCAGAGACAGCGACUCCGAGAGAAAAAGAAAGUUCAGAAAAGCAUGAGGGAGAAGCGAUGGCAAUGAAGAGGAUCGGUGAGGCACUUGGAAGAGACACCUUCAUGAAAGAGAAUAAGCCUUGAAGGUAGCGGGUGGGGAAAGGAGAGAAGUUUAGAGAAAAGCAGGAUCUCCGGAGAAAUGAAGAAGAUAACUUUCAUUUGCAAUCCUUCAACCAGAGACAUGGAAUAGGGUGUGCGUGUGUGUUUGGAGCAAGAGAAAAUUGUCACUUCAUGGUGCCUAUUUAAAGGAAAAUUACAACUCCUUUUUCUGGAUAGACCUCUGAAGACUCAUAUUGCCUGAGGAAGCCCAGAAGAGGAGGAAGGUGAAAGAAGGAAGAGUCUGGAAUGGCUCUUUCUCAGCAGCAGCUGACCAUUGAGGACGUGGCCAUCGAAUUCACUCCUGAGGAGUGGGAAUGCCUGGCCCCUGCACAGAGGACUUUGUACUGGGAUGUGAUGCUGGAGACCUACAGGAACCUGCUCUCUGUGGAUAUCUCUCCCAUACAUAUUAUCAAGAAAUUACAACCAAAGGAGAACACUAACUCAACAGAUACAUUCCAAACAGUGAUUUUGGGAAGACAUGAAAGCCCUGGAGUCAAAGAUUUCUACUUAAGGGAAAUCCAAGGCAAUAUGCUUGAGUUUGAGUGUCAGUGGAGAGAUGACGAAAGAAAUUACAAAGGAGUGCUUGUAACCCAUAAUGAAAAGCUCACCGAUAGAAAAAAUCAAUGUGGUAGAAGCAAUGCAGGAAACAAUGCAAUUGAAAAUAAACUUGCAUUAAGCUUUCAGGAUGAAUUGCAGAUAUUUCGAAUGGAAAGGAAAAUUUUUGAAUGUAAUCAAGUUGAGAAGGUUAUCAACAAUAGUUCCUCAAUUUCAGCUCUCCAAAGAAUUCCUCCGAGUGUUCAAACCAACAUUUCUAACAUGUAUGGGAAUGAUUUUAUCCAUUCUUCAAUACUGACAAAAGACCGUAAAGCACAUAGGGAAAAACCUUACAGGUGUAAUGACUGUGACAAAACCUUUACUCAUGUCUCACAUCUCACUAAACAUCGGGUAGUCCAUACAAGAGACAGGCCAUACAAAUGUGAUACAUGUGGCAAGGACUUCAGUCAGAGUUCAAACCUUGCAACUCAUCGGAGAAUUCAUACUGGAGAGAAACCUUACAAAUGUAAUGAGUGUGGCAAGGUUUUUAAUAGAAAAUCAAACCUUGAAACUCAUCAAAGAAUUCAUACUGGGGAGAAACCAUACAAAUGUAAUGUGUGUGGCAAAGCCUUUAGGCUGUGUUCAAGCCUCAGGAGCCAUCAAGUAAUCCAUACUGGAGAGAAGCGUUACCAUUGUAGUAAAUGUAACAAGGCUUUUUCCCGUAAUUCCAAGCUUCUAAAACAUCAAAGAAUUCAUACUCGAGGGCAGCCCUACAAAUGUGAUGCAUGUGACAAAGCCUUUAUUUUGCGUUCAAGCCUAAUCAACCAUCAGGUAGUCCAUACUAGAGAGAAGUCUUACCCAUGUAAUGAAUGUGGCAAGACGUUCAUCAAAAGUUCACACCUUAGGCUUCAUGAGAGAAUUCAUACUGGAGAGAAGCCAUACAAGUGUACUGAAUGUGGCAAGGGCUUCAGGCAAUGGUCUGAUAUCAAAGUUCACCAAAGAAUCCAUGCUGGAGAGAAACCUUUCAAAUGUAGCGAGUGCGGCAAAUCCUUUACUCGGAGUUCACACCUCACUAGACAUCAAAUCAUCCAUACUGGAGAGAAACCAUAUAAAUGUGAGGUCUGUGACAAGGUCUUCAGUCGGAAUUCACAUCUUGCAGGUCAUUGGAGAACUCAUACAGGGGAAAAACCUUACAAAUGUAAUGAGUGUGGCAAAGCCUUUAGUGAUCGUUCAAGCCUAACUUACCAUCAGGUAAUUCAUACUGGAGAGAAGUCUUACAAAUGUAAUGAAUGUGGCAAAGCUUUUAUUAAGCCUUCAUAUCUUAGGCAUCAUGAGAGGAUUCAUACUGGAGAGAGGCCAUACAAGUGUAAUGAAUGUAGCAAGGCUUUUAUCAAGCUUUCGCAUCUUAGGUAUCAUGAGAGGAUUCAUACUGUAAAGAAACCAUACAAGUGUACUGAAUGUGACAAGGCCUUUCAGCAAUGGUCUGACAUCACUAUUCACCAAAGAAUUCAUGCUGGAGAUAGAUCUUAGAAACGUAAGUGUAGUGUGGCAAAUCCUUUAGCCUUUGAAGCCUCAGUAAACACCAGAUGACCCAUACUGGAAAGAAACUUUACAAACAAUGAAUGUGGCAAGGCUUUUAGCAGGUGUUCACACCUUAGGCUUCAUGAGAGGAUUCAUACUGUAGAGAAACCAUACCAAUGUACUGAGUAUGGCACAGCCUUUAGACAAUAGUCCUACCUCAGGAUUCACCAAAGAAUUCAUUCCGGAGAGAAACCUUACCAGUUCCAUGAGUGUGGGAAAACUUUUGUUCAGGGUUUACACCUCCCUAAUCAUCAGAUAAUCCAUAAUCCAUACAGGCUUGCAGAUGUACUGCGUUUUGCAAGGCUUUUAGCUAUUGCCUUAAACUCUGGGUUCACCGAGUAGUCCAUACAAAACAAAUGUAAUGAAUGUGGCAACGUUUCAAAUUAUUGCUCACUUUUCACUAAAUAAAGGGAUCUGUAUUCUGGAGUUAGAGCACACAAGUGUAGUGUGUGGUAAGAAUUUUACCCAUAUAGCAAACAUUGGGGGAAGAUAUAGAGUUGACACCUUCAAAAUACAAUAAACAUGGUAAAGACUUUCCCUUGAAUUCAAAUACUGUGCAACAACAGAGUAUAUUGGAGAGAAAUCACUAAACUUUAGACUAUACAUCCUUGAGAGAAGCCACAAAAAAAUAAUGUGCAUGCUAGUUACGGUUCAAGAUGAUGGAGUAGAAAGACAAGUGUUCAUCUUAUGCAAGAGCACCAAAAUCACAACUAGCUGUUGAACAGUCAUCAACAAGAGGACAUUGGUCCAAAGACCAAGAAGCCACAAGAUGGUAGGAGGGGCGCAAAAACUAAAAUCAAAUCCCAUGCUGGCUGGGUGGGCAACAUACAAACUGGAGAAUAAUAAUGCCAAAGAAGUUCUCCCACUGUAGGGAAAGUUCUGAGCCCCACCUCAGGCUUCACAGCCUGGGGAUCUAACAAAGGAACUGGGAAUACCCAGGGAAUCUGACUUUGAAGGCCAGCGGGAUUUGAUUAUAGAACUUCCACAGUUCCAAACAGAUUCCACUCUUGUAGGGCACAAAUAAAAUCUUGGCAUGCACCAAGACCCAAGGGAAAGGAGCAGUGACGCCACAGGAGACUGAACCAGACCUACCUACUGGUGUUGGAGGGUCUUCUCUGGAGGCAUGGGUCAGAAAUGGCUCGCCAUGGGGGCAGGGGCACUGAUAGCAGCAGCCUGGGAAGGUCCUCCUUGGUGUUAGUCCUCUUGGAGGUCGCCAUUAACCUGACCAUAAACCCCAGAGCUGGGUCGCCUCAGGCCAAACAACCAACAGGGAGGGAGCACAGCCCCACCCACCCAUCAGCAGAUAAUUGGAUUUAAGUUUUACUUGGUGAGCCCCUGCCCACCAGAGUGGGACCCAGUUUUUCCCACCCAGUCUCUCCCAUCAAGAAUCUUACAUAAGCCUUUUAGCCUCAUCUACCAGAGGGCAUAUAGAAGAAAUAAGAAGAACCACAAUUCCACAGCAGCUAGAGCAAAAGCCAUAUUACUCUAAGUAAAUUAGGAUGAAAAAGAAGAGUUAUAUCACAGAGGAAGGGACAAGAUAAAACCCCAAAAAACAACUAAAUGAAGUGGAGAUAGGCAACCUUCCAGAUUAUUCAUGAUUCAGAAUAAUCAUGAAGAUGAUCCAGGAUCUCAGAAUAGAAUGGAGAAGAUGCAAAAAAAAUGUUUGCCAAAGACCUAGAAGAACUAAAGAAUAAACCAACAGAGAUGAACAAUACAGUAGAAAGAAUCAAUAGCAGAGUAACUGAGGCAGAAGAACGGAUAAAUGACCUGGAAGACAGAAUGGUGGAAAUCAUUUCUGCAGAACAGAAUAUAGGGGGGAAAGGAAUGAAAAAAAAAAACAAAAAAAAGCCUAAGAGACCUCUGGGACAACACUAAAUGCAUUAACAUUUGCAUGAUAUGGAUUCCCAGAAGAAGAGAGAGAAAGGACCAGAGAAAAUAUUUGAAGAGAUAAUAGCUGAAAACUUCCCUAACAUGGGAAAGGAUAUAGUCAACUAAGUCCAGGAAGUGCAGAGUCCCAGGCAAGAUAAAUCUAAGGAGGAACACACUGAGGCACACAGUAAUCAAACUGACAAAAAUUAAAACAAAGAUAAAAUAUGAAAAGCAACAAAGGAAAAAUGGCAACAUAAAUGGGAACUCCCAUAAGGUUAAAAACUUGAUUUCUCAACAGAAACUAUAGAAGCCAGAAGGGAAUGGCACUAUAUAUUUAAAGUGAUGGAAAGGAAGAACCUACAAACCAAGAAUACUCUAACCAGCAAGACUCAAUGAGAUAUGAUGGAGAAAGCAAACACUUUCCAGACAAGCAAAGGUUAAGAAAUUCAACAUCACUAGACCACUUUUACAACAAAUGUUAAAGGAACUUCUCUAGGAAGGAAACACAGGAGAAAGAAAAGACCUACACAAAAUAAACCCAAAACAAUUAAAAUGGUAAUACAUAUCAAUAAUUACCUUAAAUGUAAAUGGAUUAAAUGUACCAACCAAAAGACAGACUGGCUGGAGCAAUAAAAACAUGUGCAUGUAUGCACUUUGGCUUACCACAUCACUCUCCUUAAUCCCCCAAAUUGUAGGUAAUUAUUUUAUAUUGUUAGGUUAAUCAUGUUCCUUUUAUGGCUUGCGGUUAUAAUUAUCUAUGAAUCUUGGAUGGCUAUUGAUUGUGAAAACUGAUAAACAUCUUUUACUAUUGUGAUUAUGUAACUGUUAUUCACUUAAUACCAUUCUAUCAUGAUUGGUCAACAGAAAAUAAUAGAAUUCU